GCUCCUCGAUUUUGGCUUUCGAAGGAAGCGAAGCGAGAGGGCUGAGCUCUGAAGAUCCACUGUUUAUAUUGUUUGUCCGAGUCCGAGUCAGUGAUUCAGCAGGCGCGCACAUGUCUGCCUGUCUGUCUUCAAUUAUUCUCAACAAAAACAUUCCUGGAGAGCGUUGAGAGUUGAGCUUCUGAGUUCUGAGCCUCCCUUCCAAGCAAAACCAAAGGUGGAUUUUGAAAUGUUGUCGAUUUUUCGCGGUUUGGUGCAUCGAAUUUAGCUGAAUUGGAGGUGGGGUUAUGUUGGUUUUGUGAAAUCUGUGAGUUUUGUGAGUAUUCAGUGGGGUUUGGUGUUGGAAUAUUGUGGCAGUGUCACCAUGCCUUCGACGCACAAUCCGGGUUCUUCUUCGCCGUUGACUUCGAUUGGUCGCUCGAUUUGGAGCCGGCGAGAGCCAUUUCAAUCAGAAGAAGCUAAUCAGGAGUUGAGUGAGCUGGAAUUAGAGGUUCAAUCUUUUCAAAAACUUGUUACGGACCUGUUUCAUGACUUGUCAGCUGUUGGUGCUGAUGAAUUGCUCUCCAUUGCGUGGAUUAGGAAACUUUUGGAUGUUUUUGUUAGCUGCCAAGACGAGUUCAGGGUUUUAUUGUUGAAAAACAAGGUGCAGGUUUCUAAACCGCCGUUGGACCAUUGGGCGGAUGAGUACUUGGAUAGGAGCUUGAAGGCACUUGACAUUUGCAAUGCUGCUCGCGAUGGGAUUGACAAGAUUCGUGCGUGGCAUAAGCAUUUAGAGAUCGUUCUGUGUGCCUUGGAGUCUCGCCAGAGGGCAUUCUCUGAGGGCCAGUUCCGUCGAGCAAGAAAGGCUUUGGUGGAUUUGGCACUUGAAAUGCUUGGUGAGAGAGACUCUGGGUCUGUUUUUUCCCACCGCAACUGGUCUUUUGGGCGUAACAAUAACACAAGAAAGGAUGCUCGCCGUCGGCAACACUCAUCUGGGAAUCCAACUGGGCAUUCCCGCUCUCACUCGUGGAGCAUAUCCCAUUCUUGGUCCGCAGCUAAGCAGCUUCAGUCAAUUGCAAGCAACUUGGUAGCACCUCGUGGAAACGAGGUUAUUGCAACGAAUGGGCUUGCAGGGUCUGUUUUCACAAUGAGUUGUGUUAUCACGUUUGUUUUGUUGUCUCUUGUGGCUGCGAUCCCAUGUCAGGAUCGAGGUAUCAGCACUCAUUUUUCGAUCCCGCCGCAGUACUCCUGGGGCAUCCCGUUAUCCUCACUUCACGAACGGAUAAUAGAGGAAUCUAAGAAGCGAGAGCGCCAGAACUCUCACGGGUUGCUGAGGGAGAUUUAUCAUGUCGAGAGAUGUGCCCGCCACAUGACAGACUUGAUGGAUCUGGUUCAGUUCCCGUUAACAGAGGAACAGAAAGUGGAAGUCGAACAAGAACUGCAGGAGCUAGCAUCGAUUUGUGAAAGUUUUAAGAAUGGACUGGAUCCGCUGGAACGCCAAAUCAGGGAAGUAUUCCGUCGGAUUAUGAACUGCAGAACUGAAGGUCUCGAACUUUUGAGUCGCGCAAACAAUCCGGAGUAACGUAAAAGACAGAGUUUCUACCGAGCAAGAAAUGUACAAAUUUGCGAAUACAUUCGUUGUUUUGCAUAUUUCCGAGUUUGCAAGGAGAGUAGAGGUAUAUCGGUCAGCAACAAUACAGAGGUUAAACAAACACCGUGAAAAAAUCUCUUCGGUUUCGCGAGCAACAUAGUAUUUUUUGUUUCUGGGACUUCCGGUAAAAUGAGGUAUGUAUGUCACAGUUUGGUUUGUAUAUGUUACGUUCAAAAAGUCCUUUGCAAUAUUCUUACAGUUUGGUUGUAACUCCGGAUCGUUUGAUAUAUAUAACUCAGUCCUAUUCAGUUA